CACACACACACCCACACUCACACACACACCCACACUCACACACACACACACACACACACACACACACGAGUCAGCAAACCCACAUGCUAUGACAUCCACCUUCUGAGUGUGAAGGGCAGUAAUGGCGGUGCAGAGUUUCGUCCUCCUGGUGAUUUUUCUUAGUAAAUGUUUUGGACAUACUGAAUUCAUUUAUACAACAGAGAAUGAAGUAAAACUGUCCUGCAACACCAACAAAUGGCAAAUAAGCACAAAGUCUAACAACAUAAUUGAUGUGAAUUGCACAGUGAAGUGUGUUCCUGGUGAACCACUCAGACUUAACAAUAUCCAGGAAUUCCGUACAAAUAACGAAUCAGACAAAGUUGAUGAAAAAUUUCCGCUAAUAGCAUCAAGUGGAUUUUUUCGAUGUGUCACUGCUCUGGAUUCUGGUUUCUUGUAUCCAUUCAAACCGUCUCCCAACACUGUCACGUCAUACAUAGUCGCCCCUGCAAAUGAAGACAUAACAAACAAGUCUGUGGAGAGAUCUUCAGUCGAGCUAACUGAAGGAGAAGAUGUACUUUUAAACUGCAGUUUCAUCUUUACAGAAAGAUAUAACAAUGAGGAUUUCUCUGUUUACUGGAUCAAGACCAUUGAAAAGAACAGUAUCUGUGUGUAUUCUUAUGAUCUUGAAAACGCUUAUGGUAUAGAGUACAAUCGUCAAUGCAAUGUGCAAGAAGAUCUGCUUCACAGACUCUCAAACCAAACUGACGGCAGAAACACCAACCAUAACAUCAGGAUCAGUAACGUAACAGAGUCAGAUGCUGGACAAUAUCUUUGUGCUGUACAAAUGCGCAAUUAUAAUAAAGCAAAAGCAACAUGGAAGAUCAUAAAUAAUGUUACAGUCAGUGUACCUAAAGGAUCUGAGGACAAAGGAUCUGAAAUAGCUGAAAUAACGACAGACACAGGUUUGAUCCCUUUAUACGCCACAAUUCCCAUACUACUGGCUGUUGCUAUAGCUACUGUGGGCUUUAUCUGGAAAAAGACUAAAACCUCACCAGGAUCUAAGGCGAUAGAACUACAAAGAAACCAACGUGGGGAUGAUGUGGAGGAAACUGCUGAUGUGGAAUGUUCUCCGUAUGCUAUAGGGAGUGGAGAAGACGAGAUUAAGAUUAGAUUCAAACAGGAUGCUUCAAAGCAGGAAGACCAACAAAAAUCCACAGACAUCUAUUCAGUUGUGAAGCAGAAUGAUUUGUAUGAAGGUAUUUAAAUGCAUGUGACUUUUUUUUUCUUUACUGAUCGAAAAGUUAGCAGGCAAAAUUGAAUAUGGAAGUUUCAGAAUUAAAUAUUUUUAAUCAUCUGCCAUCUGGUCUAGCAUUUGAAACUUCCAUAUAUACUGUAUCUUUUAUAUUUUAAGAAUUGUCUCGUGAUGUACUGUAUGCAGUACCAGUGAUUUCUGGAUUGGCCAAUGUUACAAAGUUGUACUGUCUUUUCCCCCCAUAUUUUACAUUGUGAGAAUGUUUCACUUUUUUAAUUCAUAUCUCUCUGUAAUGAAGAUAUUUAUGCUUAUGAAUAAUAUAUGUAGAAUAUGUUUAUCUAUAUGUUUAGCUGUAGCCUAAAAAGAGUUUCUGCAUUCCUCUUUUGCUAAUACGUCAAAAAUAUAUGAUGUAUAAUGUUAAUGUCUAUAAAGAUAUUAAACAAAUAUGGUGCUACAGUGAAUUGGC